CACAUUUGAAAACGUCGAUGACAUUAUUAUAUGAUUUGACGAAAUAAUGAGUUUGAUGAGCACAAGGAUUGAGUCAUUGCCGGAGGAAUGCCUAUCACACAUCAUAUCUUUAACUUGUCCACAGGAUGCGUGCCGUUCAUCUCUCGUUUCGUGUAUUUUCCGUGAUGCAGCCGAUUCCGACUCGGUCUGGGAUAAAUUCCUGCCGUUGGAUUACCCUGACAUCAUCUCCAAUUCUGUUUCUCCCUUUUUCUUCUCCUCCAAAAAGGAUUUGUAUGCUAAGCUUUCCUCUACCCCUCUUCUUAUUGAUGGUGGUCGAAAGGUAUAUUACAAAUACUUUAAUGUAAAAAAAAUACAGACAUUUUUAUUGGACAAAUACACAAAUAAAAGAUGUUACAUGUUGAGUGCAAGGGAACUGUCAAUUACUUGGUCUACUAAUUCUCUUUAUUGGUGCUGGAAACAUCUCCUUCACUCCAGAUUUCCUGAAGCAGUAGAGCUUGUAAUGGUGUCUUGGCUUGAAAUACAAGGAAAAAUCAACACAAGAAUGUUGUCCCCAAACACGACUUACGGCGCUUACCUCGUUGUUCAGAUUGUUAAACGUGCUUUUGGAUUAGACGACACACCUUUGGAGGUUUCAAUUGAAGUCGGUGAUUAUAAAAUGCGAGGAAAUAUUUGUAUGAAUCUCAAUGAGUGCCAAAGGCAAGGAGGAUAUGAAGCAUUUUGUGUAGUGGGGCAAAGGGGUCCAUGUCCACGUGGCGAUGGAUGGUUGGAUAUCGAGUUGGGAGAAUUCUAUAACGACGAGGGUGACAGAGAGGUGAAAAUGGAGUUUAAAGAAAUUAAGGGUGACCGGCUUAAAGGAGGGCUACUUGUUGAAGGCAUUGAGCUUAGACCCAAGCCUUGAUUAAACUUUAAGUUGUAUUUGGAUGGAAGUCUAAUAAAUACCGACUACACUUAAAG